AAGGACUUACGGAAGCUGUACAAUUCCACUUCUGUGAGGUGAGGUAUAAUUCUGAGAAUGGGUCUUUGGAUGGCUCUUCAGCAGUUCCUCUAACUGGCACAGCUCUUGUAUGUCUAGUCGUGCUCAUCUCUCUCUGUGUGCCCUCCUCCAGUGGCUGUCAUCAUUGUGACAUGCUGCUUCGAAACCCUCUGUCAGCCAUCGGAUGGCUCAUUCUGGCUCUUAGCUGUGGAUCAGGCAGGGACAUGCUGGCCAGAAUGGAGAGAUGAGUGAGACAGAGUUGGUGAUUUGGAUUACUAUACUGGUGGCAGUGGAAGUAAUCCCAGGGCAACUGGAUGUAUUCCUGCCAAAGGGAAAUGGAGCUAUUAACCCAUGGAAAACAGUCCAGUUAACCUUAACGGAGAGAGGGUUGGAUGGAUUCUUAACACAAGACCUCAGUGGCUUCUUCUUGUUCAACAAUGCUCCAAAGUGAGCACUCUGGCUGCGAAGGAGAACUGGUUAAGGUCUGUAACAUUUAGUGGUGUCUGAAGAGGAACGUUUAGGAGCUGAUUCAUUGAUCGUUGCCAACCAUUACCAUGGCUGACUCUCACUUGUCUGGCUCCGUAGGAAUCUACAACAGCAGCACUCCUGCCACCAGUGCUUGGAACAUCACUGGCAGUGGCCCAUGGUUGUUGGCCUUCAUGCUGACUGUCAUCAUCCUCAUGACAAUCUGUGGCAACACGUUGCUUAUCGCCUUGGUGUUUGCCCAUCGCUCUUUGCGUUGCACAUCAAACUGCUUCCUGGUGUCCCUGUUCCUGUCUGACCUAAUGGUGGCACUGGUGGUCAUGCCCCCAGCCAUGCUCAAUGUGCUGUGCGGGGCCUGGGUGCUGUGGCCUGCCUUUUGUCCGAUUUGGCUUUGCUUUGACGUCAUGUGCUGCAGUGCGUCCAUCCUCAACCUGUGUGUGAUCAGCCUGGAUCGCUACAUCUUCAUCAUCUCACCACUGCGCUACAAGCAAAGGAUGACCCCACCUCGGGCGUUGCUCCUGGUAGGAGCUGCUUGGGGGUUGGCAGCACUGGCUUCUUUCCUGCCUAUUGAGAUGAAAUGGCACAGUUUAGGUCACUGGAGUGGACACUCAUCAGUUCCUGGGGUCAGCAGUACCAACACCAGCUCCUACUCUGACACCUUGUACCCAGAAUCCUACUUUCAGCUGUCACCAUCUGGAGGCCUUUCAUUCCAGUGCCGUCUGCGGGUCACCCUACCCUUUGCCCUGGUGGCAUCUGUACUCACAUUCUUUUUGCCCUCCAGCGCCAUUUGCUUCACCUACUGUCGGAUACUUCUGGCAGCACGGAGGCAAGCAAAGAGGGUGGCGGCACUGAGCCACCCACCACACCCACAUCCCUCUCUUGGGGAACCUUCAAGGCCCCCUUCCCCUGGGGUUGCAGCAGGGCAGGCUCAGCAGGACGGAGAUGACUGCAGUCACCAGGAUCCUCCUGUGUCACAAAAUGUACCGCUAUCAGUGAACAGUGAGCGUCGUCUGGCUCACAGGCAGGGUCGGAGGGCACUGAAGGCCAGUCUGACAUUGGGAGUCCUCCUGGGCCUUUUCUUCAGCGCAUGGCUACCCUUCUUCAUCACCAACAUGGCUCAGGCAGUGUGUGAGUGUGUCCCCAGCGCCCUCUUCGACGCCAUCACCUGGCUGGGCUACUGCAACAGCACGAUGAACCCCAUCAUCUACCCGCUGUUCAUGAGAGACUUCAAGCGAGCUCUGGGGAGGCUCUUGCCCUGCUGUUUCUCACGGUCAAUCAGAAGACCUUCACCAGCGCUCUCCCUCUCUCUCCGCAACUCAGGGGAUCCUAACCUUGCCAGCAGCCCCCCCUCUCCCCUGGCCUCUGACCCCACCCACCCCCCUGCCACCGCCACUGAUGCUGUCAACCUGCUGGAUGCCGAGCACGCUGGCAUCGAGUUGCCUCUGCUUCUGCCCAACCAGGUCGACACCCAGGACUGAAUAUGGAAUAAA